AUGGAAGUGGACGAGCGCGUCCACACCUUAACUGAGAGCUUCGAGCCCUUUGCGCCCGAAGCUCGUCCAGGCGACCGGUUACUGGACCGCUAUGCGGACCGUCUCCAUUUUGACGAGCGUGAUCCUGGCCAGGAUAGGCGCCCAUAUCUAGACGAGCUCAUUGCGACAGCAAGGGCCGACCCACUAACAGUACUGGCUGCAACUGAUGGCUCUGUCCCUCAGUCCAACCAGUACCAGGCGGCUUCGGCUGCUAUAAUCUACAAGGGACAUCGCGAGCUCGAGAGGACUCGCUAUGUCUCUGGCAGAGUUACCGCCCCAGAUGCGGAACUCAAUGCCAUUUCGUGUGCAGUGCGCCUAGCUGUCAAGCAGGCAAACUGCCAACAUAUUAUGGUCUUUACUGACUCUAUGGGCUCGGCCCAUAGAGCGGUGGACCCCUCCGUGCACUCUGGUCAGGCUUUCAGCCUGUCAGUAUGUCGCGCCCUUCAAGAGUGGUUUGAGGCGGAUGAUCUCCGCCGCGUUACCUUGGUCUAUGUCCCCUCCGCUUUGCGGUGGGACAUCCAUGGUGAAGCACACAAGUACGUCACCGACCUCAAAGUUAGGGUUGGACAUCAAAAGACGGACAACUCUAUAGACACGCUACACUCUCGAGCUGCGCACUCAGUCCUGGAUUCGUGGAGUUCCACUUUCCAGGAUCCAACCUACCGAGGCUCUGAAUUUUUAGAGCUUCAACAGCCGGACGGGCGGCCACUACAGCCAUCGUACCUCAAUGGGGGACCUUGGCUUUCAACCUUUGGACACAGUAUAACUGAGUUCGCUCACGUCUGCCAGUGCAUAACUGGCCACGCGCCCAUUGGAGCGUAUUACCGACGCUUCAAGAUCAACGAGCCUCACGGCUGCACUUGCGGGGCUGCUUUGCAGUCCCGCCAGCACAUUCUCCUUCGCUGUCGUGAUCGCUACUCCGUGCAUUACCCCCGAUUUCUUGGGGACAUUGCAGCUUUUAUGAAGUACAACCCCACGGCGUUUGGCUUCACCCGGGACCCUUCGGGGGGUUCGGAGACCUGCGCCCGCAACAACUCCUUCGUGCAGGCGGUCAAACCCUUUUUUGAUAACUCAGCCAAGACAAUAAGAAAUGUGGACCGUCUCCACUUUGACGAGCGCGACCCUACCCAGGAUAGGCGCCCAUAUCUCGAUGAGCUCACCGCAAAAGCGAGAGCCAACCCUCUAACAGUACUGGCUGCAGCUGACAGCUCUGUCCCUCAGUCUAACCAGUAUCAGGCGACUUCAGUGGCUAUCAUCUACAAGGGAUAUCGCGAGAUUGAAAGGACUUGCUACGUCUCUGGCAGAGUUACUGCCCCAGAUGGGGAACUCAAUGCCAUUGCGUGUGCAGUGCGCCUGUCUGUCAAGCAGGCAAACUGUCAACACAUCAUGGUCUUUACUGACUCUAUGGGCUUGGCCCACAGAGCAGUUGACCCCUCUGUGCACUCUGGUCAGGCUUUCAGUCUGUCAGUGUGUCACGCUCUUCAGGAGUGGUUUGAGGCAGAUGAUCUCCACCGCAUCACUUUCGUCUACAUUCCGUCCACUCUCCGGUGGGACAUUCAUGGUGAGGCACACAGGUACAUCACUGAGCUCAAGUCAGGGUUGGACAUCACAAGACAGACAAUUCUAUAG